CCUCGACGUCGUAAAUUGUUCAUUUAUUUGCUUUUGAGUCGAUCGAAAUCGACGCUGAGAACUGGCGUGUUAGGUAACAGGUGAAAUGUGCAUGCAUCGAAUUUGACCGCGGGCGGACACCCCGAAGCGGUGGAAUCGCGAGCGGCGCGGCGCGCGUGCUGUGUGAAAGGGCGAGCCUCAUAAAAGAAGCUGCGUCCCGUUCCGUCCCGACACUUCGAACGUUCUAAUUCGUCACGACGAGUUCAAACGGCGGCCUUCUCUAAUAUAACUAAUAAACGGCUGCAGCAUGUUAUUCCUGACCGUGACAGCAUGUCUGCUGAUCGCGGUGCAGGCCGGAUGUCCUCUGAGACCAACCACGGAACAAACUUCCGCUUCAAGGACCACGGGCGACGGUGGCUACAGGAUUCUGGUUAGCGGCGAGGCUGACAAAUAUAUUCCGAACGCUGUUUACACGAUCAGCUUGCGAGGUGCGGAAUCGCAAGAGAGGUUGCAACAGUUCACGCGUUUCACACUCUCGGUGCAUUCUCAACACGCGCCGAGCAGUCUCUCAGCUCGAGUGGGAUAUUUCCAACUGUUUCCCGAUGGCCUGACCGCUUUCAACGAGGACUGCGUUAACACCAUCUCCGAAUCUUCCGAUUACCCCAAAAAUGAGGUCCAAGCGAUGUGGAGGGCACCGCCGUCAGGAUCAGGAUGCGUUAUCUUUACAGCGAUGGUGUUAGAGAAUAACGUUCGGUGGUACGCUGAGGACGGCGGUUUAACCAAGACCUUCUGCGAGAUGGCCCCGGCCGAGGUCGAGAGCAUCGACGGUGACAAGUGCUGCGCUUGUGAUGAGGCCAAAUACUCGCUGACAUUGGAGGGAAUCUGGUCGAACGUGACCCACCCGAAGGACUUCCCAUUCUCCGUGUGGCUGACCCACUUCAGCGACUUGAUAGGUGCAUCCCACGUACCUAGCUUCUCGUUCUGGGGUAAGGAGCACACAGCUACCGAUGGCUUCCGGCAAUUGGCCGAAUGGGGUUCCACUUCUGGUUUGGAAGUCGAGCUCAGGGCUAACUCGGCACACUUGAGAACCCUCAUUAAAGCUGCCGGGCUUUGGUACCCGAACGUUAACACCAACACUAGCACCAGUUUCAGAGUGGACAGGAAGCAUCCCAUGAUAUCUGUGGCUUCCAUGCUGGGUCCGUCCCCGGAUUGGGUCGUCGGUGUCAACAAGCUGAAUCUCUGCCGGAAGGAUUGUACCUGGACAAAGAGCGAGAUAAUCGAUCUGUACCCGUGGGACGCUGGCACUGACAAUGGAAUCUCUUACAUGUCGCCCAACUCCGAGACCGUACCGCGGGAGAAGAUGAAACCGAUCACCACUUUGUAUCCCGAGGACCCGAGAUCACCUUUCUAUGACCCAACGGGAAGACCGAUGCUGCCUCUAGCCAGGCUGUAUUUGGAUAGAGAGAAGAUCAUUCCUCGAGGAUGCGACGAGGAGGUUCUCCAGCAGCAACUGACGCAACUGGAGGUCGCUGAGAAUACGGAGGACACUGUCAGACCCGAAUGUCGGACUACAGAGUACACCGAAUGGUCGACCUGUUCCGUGACGUGUGGCAAAGGAUUGAGGAUGCGAACCAGGUCUUACCUGAUGCCAGAGAAGGCAACGAUGUUCAAGUGUAAUAGACAGCUGGUUUCCAAAGAGAUGUGUGUUGCAUCGAUCCCAGAGUGUUCUAAUGAGGAAGACACAGAGGAUGGCAGCCUGUUGCCCGUAGCUAACAACGCGUUCUGCGACACUUCUGACUGGAGCGUCUGGUCCGAGUGUUCGGCCACUUGUGGUCCCGGGUUAAGAAUGAGGACCAGGCAAUUCAGGAGUCGUAAAGCCCGCAAACGAUGUCCUCACGUGUCUCUCGUCGAGAAAGAAAAAUGCAUGAAACCAGCCUGCGAGCCCGGAUUCCAGGAGCAGAUCGAUCCUACGUGCAAAGUGUCCGAUUGGUCCGAUUGGUCACCGUGCAGUUCCACCUGUGAAUCGGGAUUGAAAACGAGAACCAGAUUGCUGCUCGUCGAACCAUCGCUGCAGCGAGAGUGCUCCACCAAGGUGACGCUAAUUCAACAGGAGAGAUGCGCGGGCCUGGGCGACUGUACUUUUGACUUGCCGACAGCUAAAGCGGUCUGCAUGGAAAAACCUGCGUAUGGGUUCUGCAAGGCGAGUAUAACGAUGUGGGCGUUCGAUCCAGAAAAAUUGCAAUGCGUGCGUUUCAUUUACGGCGGUUGCGGUGGAAACAGGAAUAUUUUCUGGACUUCUGAAGAUUGUAUCAAGAACUGCGGCAUUAUAAGAACGAUGCAAAGUCUGCCCUUGAAUGAAACCAGCAGCGACGAUUGUAAAGUGAGCUCAUGGUCGAAAUGGUCACCGUGCAGCGUCACGUGUGGCAAUGGUCGCGUCACCAGUACCCGUAUAAUUAAGCAAGAGCCACAGAACGGAGGCCGAGCUUGCCCGAAAAAGCUCGUACGCCACGCUAGAUGCUUUUUGGCACCAUGCGAGUAACAAUGCCAACGAGAUAAUUAAUAAAAAUUACUUGAGCAGGGGAUGAAAAUUGCCGUUGGCGUUCUUCGCGGAAAACGGUGUUUUCAAUUAUUUUAUAUCAAUGAUGUCAUUGAGAAAUGUUGCUUUUCGAUGUUGAAAUUCAAGAAUGACUGUAGCCUAUUUUAUACAAAAUGAUGGGUAUGAAAUAAACGGAUGUAUCAGAAUAAA